AUGCGAGCACAGCAGAAAAAGACUCAGGAACAGGCGACUUACCACCAAGAGCUCGAACGGGUGAAUCGUCGCCUCGACGAGGUCGAUUCGAAAGUUCAUCGCGCCACCAGCUCAGCUCCGGAAUUGACGAAAGCACUCGCCGACACCCGAAGAAGCCCGCUCACCCGCAGGCUCCGCCAGAUUGAGCUACACGAAAGAGUUCGACUCAAAAUCGACUCUUACACCGGCGAAGAAGACCCCAAGAAGUGGCUAACCGCGUUCAACCUCGCCAUGAGGAGGGAGAAAUACAAAUCUUACGAUGAAAGGGAGGCCAACUACUGUCAAGUAUUCGUCGAGCACAUGGCGAAAGAUGCCUUGACCUGGUUCUCUAACCUCCCCGCCGAGUCGAUCGAUAACUUCGACGACCUAACCAAUGCUUUUCUGAAGCAUUACUCCAUGCACAUGACCCGAAUCACUCGGAACAUGUUCACCACAACGCAAACCCAAGGCGAACCAUUGCGCAGCUUUAUGGAAAGGUUCAAACAAGCAGCUCGCGACACUGGCGACAUGCCCGAUAGCGUCCCGCUAGAAGCACUCCGCAACGGCCUCUGGUACGACUCCAAGUUCAAGGAGGAUUUGUCACUAAAACCCCCUGCGACUCUGGAGGACGCGUUCCACCGCUCUCGGAACUACAUCUUCCUCGAGGAAGACCAGCGCUUCUACGCCGAGAAACAUGGAGAUAGGAGGGCAACCUCCAGCCGACAACAGCCCGAGCAGGAACCGCAUCACAUCAAGAAACGGGCAACAGAUGUCGCGACGCCCGAUCUCGACGACUCUGACACGUUUUGCCGCCUCCACGGAACCGGUGACCACUCUACAAGAAACUGCCGACGCCUAACUCGCGAUCUCCUUCGGAGAUACCAGCACGGGGAGCUACCACCGAUAAAAGGGGACCGCUCUCGUCACAGACGAAAGCCGGCGCAACCCGUAAUCCCGGAAAACACGCCGGAUGACGUAACGAACUACUCCGACGAAUCAGGGCAAGAGAUUAACAUGAUAAUGAGCAACCCCAUCCAUCGCGAUUCCAUCUCGACGAUCACGAAGCAUGAAUACGCAGCGGUGGAGCACGAUCGCAACCCGACCCGCGAAGAAAUCCCCACUAUCAUCUUCACGGAUCAAGAUACGGCGGGGCUGGAUACCCCUCACGUCGACCCACUCGUGGUCAGCUUGCACAUCAGUGACUCCAGCGUAGCAAGAAUCCUGAUCGAUACCGGGAGCACGGUGAAUCUAAUCUACAAAGAGACCCUCAACCGCAUGGAAAUCAGCAGAGACCAGAUCAAGCGUUCGUUGUACUCCCUCACCGGGUUCACCUCCGAACACGUUCCAGUGAAGGCACGAUCCGCCUACCUAUCCACGUCGGCGGAACAACCAAAGCCGCCGAAUUCUUCGUCAUCGAUAAACCAGCCAUUUACAACGCCAUUUUGGGCACCCCAUGGCUCCACGAGAUGA